GUGAAGUCAACACCACAGUCCUCUCAGACAACAUGCUCAGCCUUAUUAAACUGCCCAGAGUCUUCACCAUCCACCAAGUCCCAAAAGUGUUCCAUGAGGACAGCAUCAUCUCAGGCUACCGACACCCUCACAGCUCGGCCACUGACUGCAUCCUCAGCCUCUUCCAGCUGACCAAUGAAACGCUCAAUAUCUGGACACACUUCCUGCCCACAUGGUACUUCUUAUGGAAGCUGCUGACGGUGGUCCUGAAGGAACGUGUCCUCCAGUGCCAAACUAACCCGUUCACAUGGCCCCUCCUGGUGUUCCUGAUGUCGUGCUGUGUGUACCCGCUGGCCUCUAGCUGUGCCCACACCUUCAGCACCAUGUCAACACGCGCACGGCACAUCUGCUUCUUCUUCGACUACGGAGCUCUGAGUCUCUACAGCCUGGGCUCUGCCAUAACAUAUUCUGCCUACGUGAUUCCUGAUAAGUGGGUGAACAGUUCGUUCCACCAGUACUAUAUCCCCAUCGCUGUGGUAAACACUGUCAUCUGUACCGCCUUAGCCUGCUACUCCAGGCUUGGUUUACCAUAUAUCCAAUAUAACCAUCACAUCAUAAAAAGAUUCUCAGAGUGUAAGAGCCCAAAGUUUGGCAAAUUUCUCCGCAUUCUAGCUUUCGCAUUACCCUACCUGUUCGACAACAUUCCUCUCUUCUACAGGCUCUUCCUCUGUGUGGGUGAGGGCUGCACUGACAACAACACCAACCCCCUCCACCACACCCACAUCGCCCUGGCCUUCCUGACCGCAUUCCUCUUCGCCACACACCUACCAGAGCGCCUGGCCCCCGGCAGCUUCGACUACAUAGGUCACAGCCACCAACUGUUCCACGUGUUCGGCAUAAUCGGCACUCAUUUCCAGAUGGAGGCCAUUGAGCAGGACAUGGUGACGCGACGCCCGUGGCUCCUCACGUACUCUCUGCCCAUCACCUUCACCAACACACUGGGGGCGGCACUGCUGAGUGUCACCCUCAGCCUUGGUAUCAUCUUCCUCUUUAGUCUGCCUCUGCUCUGGUCAGCCACCCGGGGAGAACACACUGAGAAGACACAGUCACAUCCAAUAGCCAAGGGCUGCCAGUACCACUAGCGCUAGCCAUUAGCCACAUGCUAAUGACAAUGUAUAUGGGAUGUAGGAACUGGAGGGUUCAGUUGGUGGAGCAUGGUGCCUGUAAUGCCAGGAUUGUGGAUUUGAUUCACAGGGCCACCCACACGUAAAAUGUAUACAAGCAUGAAUGUAAGUCACUUUGGAUAAGAGCGUCUGCUAAAUGGCAUAUAUUUGUAUUAUAUUACUAUGAUUAAACUGGACACUGUGGUGGGGGUGGGCUUGGGAGAAGAGGUGAACAACUGAAGUGAACCACUAUGGCUUCUUGGUGUUGGAUAGAGGUGAAGUCCUGACAAGAUACAAUGCUGAAGGGGCAAUGAACUGUUCUUCACAUUGUCAGCACGGAUGAAUAAACUGGUAGCUAAACAAGAGCUCCAUAUAUACUGCAAUGAGGGACAGACAGAGUUAGUGGUACCUCUGGUAUUAUUACAUUGACUAUAGGACAAGUACACAGUACUAAACACAUAGUCCUUGCUUUUGUUCGCUUACUUACCAACGCUACUGAGGAGCAGGAAGAGACUGAAGCAGUUGGAAGUCAAACUGUAUGAGAAGAAUCAAUCCACUGAGGAUACAGGAAGAGACUGGAGCAGUUGGAAGUCAAACUGUAUGAGAAGAAUCAAUCCACUGAGGAUACAGGAAGAGACUGGAGCAAUUGGAAGUCAAACUGUAUAUGAAGAAUCAAUCCACUGAGGAGCAGGAAGAGACUGAAGCAGUUGGAAGUCAAACUGUAUAUGAAGAAUCAAUCCACUGAGGAUACAGGAAGAGACUGAAUCAGUUGGAAGUCAAACUGUAUAUGAAGAAUCAAUCCACUGAGGAUACAGGAAGAGACUGAAGCAGUUGGAAGUCAAACUGUAUAUGAAGAAUCAAUCCACUGAGGAUACAGGAAGAGACUGAAGCAGUUGGAAGUCAAACUGUAUAUGAAGAAUCAAUCCACU